GGAGAAAAAAGGAGGAGGGAGAGAUAAGCGCGAUUUGAUGGCGUAGAAUCUAUGGGUCCGUCCCUCUCUCAAAUGGAGUGAUUACGUCAUCGUGUCUCGACUAUAUUCUUCCCCUCUUCUGGAACAUGAGGAUUCUGUGGAGAUCACUCGGAUACUCAGGAUUUCUGAAAACAUAUCAUCAAAGAAUACUUACAUCGAAUUCACUGAUUCCUUUCAUUUAUACAUCACUUGUACAGAGUCUUCAUAAAACAUUGGCUUUUUACUUGUUCAGUCAAAGAAACAAAUUCUUUACAAUGCCAGAAAUAGACAAGAACAAAAUUGACCCUCAAUUGUAUUCUCCACCUUCUCAAGUUCGUGGAAUGACAAAACUUGAUAGAACUGCAUUCAAAAAAAUAAUUACUAUUCCAGUACUUACAGUGAGGAAAGAAAUAGUAAAUAAAUUGGUAAGAUCCCUUAAAAAAGCAAUGCUGCAGCGUCCAGGCAUAAAACGUGUGAUUGAUGAUCCAAAGGAUGAAGGAAAUAAACUUGUUAUGCUGGAUCCUUAUAAGAUUGUCUCCGAUGAUUCAUUUGAAGAAUCAGAACGUCUUCUUUUAAAAGAGCUUAAUGUUACCCCCCAGAUUUCUUCCUAUAGUUUGGAGCUAACUUAUGAAAACUUUAAGACAGAUGAAAUCUUGAGAGCUGUGCUUCCUGAAGGUCAAGACAUAACUUCAGGCUUUAGCCGAAUUGGACACAUAGCCCACCUAAACCUUCGAGAUCAUCAACUACCAUUCAAACAGUUAAUUGGCCAAGUUAUAAUUGAUAAAAACCAAGGCAUCACUUCAGCAGUAAAUAAGAUCAAUACUAUUGACAAUAUUUACAGAAAUUUUCAGAUGGAAGUGCUAUGUGGAGAGGAGAACAUGAUAACCAAGGUUCGAGAAAACAACUAUACCUAUGAAUUUGAUUUUUCAAAAGUGUAUUGGAAUCCUCGUCUCAGCACAGAACACAACCGCAUUACAGAGCUUCUCAAGCCUGGAGAUGUUUUAUUUGAUGUUUUUGCUGGAGUUGGGCCCUUUGCCAUUCCAGUAGCAAAGAAAGACUGCACUGUAUUUGCCAAUGAUCUCAAUCCUGAAUCCUACAAAUGGCUAUUGCACAAUUGUAAACUAAAUAAAGUGGACCAAAAAGUAAAAAUCUUUAACCUGGAUGGGAAAGACUUCCUUCAAGGACCAGUAAGAGAUGAGUUAAUGAAGCUGGUGGAACAACCAUCAAAGGAGAGAAAACCAUCUGUACACAUAGUUAUGAAUUUACCAGCAAUGGCUGUUGAGUUCCUCAGUAUUUUUCAGUGUCUUUUAAGUGGACAAUCCAAAAGCAGUGAAUUAUUUCCCAAAGUGCACUGUUAUAGUUUUUCCAAAGCAGAUGAUCCUGCUAAAGAUGUUCAGCAGCGAGCUGAAACUUUGUUAGGUGCUUCUUUAAAAGGAUGCAGUUCAGUUCACCUUGUAAGGAAUGUAGCUCCUAAUAAGGAAAUGGUAUGCCUCACUUUCCAGGUCCCAGCUUCAGUGCUCUAUAAGAACCAGACAAUGACCCAAGGGGAGCAAUUUUUGAAAGCUGAAAAUCUGGAGGCGCCUCCUUUUAAACGUCAAAGAACAGGUAAAGCCUUAUAAGAAGAACAAUCACAAAGUGGUUUACAAACAUGAUCAGAAAUAUUUCUAACCCCACCCCCCCAUUCCUUGUGGCACUAAAAGCAAUUUGUAAUUCCAUGAAGCUCACGUAUUGUGUCACUUUGUUAUUGAGACUAGAUAAGUUUUCCUUUACCUUUUAUAGCUGACAUCUUAGUUGCUAAAUUAUAAAGGUGAUUAAAUUUACUUUCACAAGUUAUUGAAGAAAAGUUUACUUUUUCUUUUGGGGAAAGACUAUAUGAAAGUAAGAAAUAUAGUGGCUAUUCUAUAAAGACACUAAUAAUCAGUCUUACUAUGUUUUAAUUUAGUGAAAUGUACAUAUAAACUCAUUAUUCCUCACAGUCUUGCUUCCCUGUGCAGUUUUAAGCUACUAAAGCUUACGUAAAUGAAAUAUACUUGUUUUCACAUGCAUAGAGCUAGUUAGGUAGUAAGUCAGUUAACACAAAAAAAAUAGAAUAACUAUGCUGAUAUGUCUAGGAAUCUGAAUUUGUACUAAUCCUAGCUCAGUCAGUCAAUAGGAACUUAUUAAUGGCCUUAUGCUAAACCCUAGAAAUACAAAAACAAAGUUAUGGUUCCUGUCCUCAAGGAGUUCACUUUCUAAUGGAGAGGCAACUAUAUGCAAACAGUAAUUAUAUUCUUUCCUCCAGUGUUGCUCACAGCCAAUUAGUGAUCACACAAAACAUAUCAUUAUGGACUAAUUGAUAUGUUCAGAUAGUAGUCUUACUCCCUAUUAAUCUCUAGGUGGUAAAGAUGAAUGCUUGGUCAUUUGAAUUCCUGUUAAGUCAAGACCUUCUGUCUUCUUAGUCCAGACAAAACUUAUGGGCUUUUGAUGUUUAGGUAACUUGAUGUUUCAAAGAUUGACAGUUGGCAAGUUGCAGCAUAAAAUUCCUUAAUCUUGCAUACCCAUACUUACAUUGAAAAAUUGAAUUCUGAGUUAACUUAUUCAACUGGCUCUGAAUCUCUCUAAAUCUAUUACUGUUUAGUAAUCUAUAUUUUAAAGUAUCCAGUAUAGCAAUGUGACAUUUUAUCAAGUUGCUUUACUAAAAAUCUUGGUAAACCAUAGCUGUAGCUAUAGCUUUCCCCUGAUAUACUUUAUUAUUUUGUUACAGAAUUUUGACAAGAGUCAAACUGCAGUUCACUAGCCUGUAGUUUGCAGGCUGAAAUCUGGACAGUGUUUAUUCUUUUCUUGUAAUUCCUAUUUUUUAUAUACCAGUGACCGACUCAGUGGUAACAAAUUCUUGUAUCAAAGGAACUAUUGUUAUGGACCAGGUGACUUGAAUUUAUCAAGGGCAACUAGAUAUUUACCCCACUGAUCACCAUUGACUCAACUAGUCCCAGAAUUAAUGUCUCAGAAACUGUGGAGGGGAACAAAAAUAUGUCCAGCAGCACACUCCCAAGGAUCCAUGGCCAUUUUUGCACGCAGCCUUUCAAACUAUUAUUACUUGUUCUCUAUGAUGCCUCAGAAACCUCUUCACCCUGGAAGCUAAUUUUACCCCUGGACUUCAGAAAUUGGAAGUACCCCCCACUCCUGUGGCUUCUCCCUCUGAUUGACUGGUUACUCCCAGAACUGCCUUUUUUAAGGAGCUCACCCAGGCCAGCCAUGUCUUCAUUCCUCUCAAGACUGCACUCAUGACUCUCCUGAUCUUUCCCUACAAUGAACAAAAGCCUCUUCUCCCUGGAGGCUCUUUUUGUGGGGGUGCAGAGGUGAACCCCUGGGGUUCAGGAAGGAUACCUUUUGCAAGAAUGCAAGACUCCAAAACUUAGCUUAAAAUAAAAAGAGAAAUGUAUUAAUUUGGAAGGUAAUGUUGAAUCUGGCCAGAAGGGCAGCUUAGGUGGAAGCCUGCCUCCAAGGUGUAACAGCAUGGGUGGAAAAGCUGAUCCCCCCAGAAGACAUCAAUUCUGGGGAUUUUAUACUUUUACAACAGUGAGGAGUUGACUCUGGAGCAAGGGAUUGGAGGGAGGAGGUUUUCCCGAAGGCAUGGGAUUGGGGUACACCUCAGAUUUGGAAGACACUUGGAUGAAGUGUGUCUCUUUGUCCAUCUCAAAUCAAAGGAGGGUAAUCCUCAAGGUCAGAUGUUUUGGUUUGGGAGUCACAAGGGUAUAAGGGAUUACCUGAUAAUCGUUUGCCUGAGUUUUGAGAAGUACAAUGCCCAUGCUAUUUCCACACCUGGAUUUCAUAUAUCCUAAGUCCUUUCUACUUCUUCUGUACCUCCCUCUGAAUGGAUUCUUCUCCCCCCUCCCCCCAUUCACACAUUCAUAGCCUCUGUUUUAAGGAGGCAGCCCAAGUCAACCAUAUAUUCAUUGUCUCUCUAGGCUAUAUUCCUGAUCCUUUUCUCUGUAUGUUACCCCAUUAGAAUGUAAGCUCUUUGAAGGCAAAAACUUUCUACUUAUAUUUGUAUUCCCAGAGCUCAACACAGUGACUUACACUUAAUUGCUUAACUAUAGACUUCUUGGCUUGCUGCUUAUUUACUUACCAUCAACCAAUUUGAAUAAAAAAAGUAUUUGUUCCAAGGCAUAGGAACAGUAAGGGCUAAGCAGGUUAAGUGACUUGCUCAGGGUCAUGCAGCUAGGAAGUGUGUGAAGUCAGAUUUAUACCCAGGACCUUCCAUCUCCAGGCCUGGCUAUCUAACCAAUGAGACACUUAGCUGCUCCCUAGAAUAGUCUUUCAACUGGUACUUUCUCUUCCCUAUGAAUUCCUUUCUAACCAUUUUCUUUUGUCAUCUCCAGUACAAAUGUCAUUCUCCUUGGCAAAGAAAACAAUCAAAAAAGAAUACAACUCUGCCUUCUCUGAAGUCAGCUAUCACAUCCUGUCCACUGAAAAGAAUGGUCACAUCCCUUUGAUCCUCCUUUUCCCACCAAUAGAUCUAAAAAACCACCAACCACGCUCUUAUCCUUCACUUCCCUCAUGCAACUCAGUACAUUCUUGGCUUAAUGCAUGGCUGACAUGCUUACAGGCCAGUCACAUUUAUCCUUUUUCUUUAUUACCAGCAUAUUCAGUUACAUGGUUAAUUCUGUUGAACUACUUUUUUUCUUGCUUUCUUCUGAAUGACUCUUAAAUAGGGAAUGGGAUAUAUUUGAAAACAACACUGAUAAAACCCCAAUUAUUUUUUUAAAAAGCAAAUAAGAUGCAAGUUGUUACUUUCCCUGUGUUUGCACAUCUGCUUCUUUAGAUAAUUUUCAUUCUUCCUCAUGCCCCCCCAUCCUGGUAUUCAUCAUUCUUGAGAAUUUAUAUUUCUCUUCUGAACUUUUUUCUAUAGAGGUUUUUAGUCCAUUGGGCCCUUUCUAGUCUCUGAAACCUAUUUUCUCCAGAUUUAGCAUGCAUAAGAGACUACUUUCUUCUAUAUAACAAAUUCUAGGAAUUAUCAUUUCCCGCCAAUGUUCCAAUCAUUUCAAAUUACACAUACAGUAAUAGGAUUUUCCCUGGUUAUGAAGAUUAUAGUAGGACCUUAGUGAAAUCAAUAGUGUCACACGGCAUGGAAAAAUUUCCAUAGUUAAACAGUCCUUAGAUUUAGUAAUUCAUGAGUUAUUAGUGAGCCUGGAAAGAGUUAUUUCAGAAGUAUGAGAUAGAUGGAGUCUAUAUUAAGGGAGUGGGUAUGGAAAAGAAGCAGUUAAGUAUAGAGGACUUUAAAAGUUAAUCAAUGAAAGGAGAAAAGUGAAUAAUAGCUUUAGUUAAGGCACGGGGGCAAGGGGAAUGCCUUUUAGGCUAGGAAAGAAUUGAGCAUGAUAUAAAUUGAAGGGAAGUACCUGGAAGAGAGAGGAGAGACUGAAUAAAAUAGGAAGAAAAAUUGCUAGAACUAUCACCAAAAAAAAGGAGCAAAUGAGAUUCAGAGUACAAGUGAACAGUAUAGAUAUGGCCAAGAGAGGACCACUUUUUGAGUAAAAAGGAUGCUGAGAACAGAAGAGCUGUAGGAAUUUAGAUGGCUUCUGUCGGUAGAAGUUAUGUACCGGUGGGAAAGGGGAAGAAUAGGAUAUAUUUGAGGAGUUCCAGGCUUGAAGAAAAAUAAAACAAUUGGCACAAAAUAUAAUAGAAAGGACUAAAGGCACUGAUAGUCCAGUUGAGAAUACGUGGUAUAAGUAGUAGUGAAUCCAAUCAACAUGGCUUCAUGAUUUCCUCUUUAUUGUCCCUUUGACCACUUGGGAAAAUAGGCUGAGGAGGCAAAAGGUAUAAAUUACUAAGGGAUGAAGGCUACCAGGAUAGGAAUUGUCUAUGGUCAUGGGAUUUGAGGGUGAAGCUGUGAAGGCAUUAUUGAAGUGGUUGAAUGUAGAGUUAAUUCAACUAAUCAACAAAGUAUUGUUUUAAAUGUUGAAUGGUUAGAAAGUGAUCCCAGAACCAGAGGAAAGAAUAGAGUUAGGAGGGGAAUUAAAGAGAUAGAAGGACAGAAAACCAGUCUCAGAAGAAAGUUUCAGAAUUCAGGAUCCAGAAGGAAAAGCAAUAAAGAGAGAUAAGAUUAUUGUUAUGGAAGGCUGAACUUGUCAGCAUGGAUUUGGAUGCAAAGAUAACAACAAAGAGUUGUAAGAGUAUGAAUUAGAUAUCAAAAGUUAUGGAAGUGAGGACUCCUGAUAUUAAUAUUCUUAAUUAAGAGCUUAGCAGACAUGAAAAGUGGCAAGAAGCUUUGAAUAUGGGGAGAAAACUAAGUUUGGAAAACCAGAAUCCAAAGUUUACUCCUAAUUUGUCACUAAGUUGCUACUCUCAGCAAACUUUGUGCCUCAAUUUCCUCAUGGCCAUGAUAUGUUGUUCUCACCAAAUUAAAGAGCUGUGAGUGUAUGAAAGCACAGGAACACUGGCUUUAGUUAGGAUGUCCCUUUGAGAUCAUAUAGACCCCACUUUACACUGAAGUAGAGAAGUCAUGUGACUGGCCCAAAGUCAUGUAGUUAAGUAGCUGGGAAUCCAACCCAGGCCCUCAGACUCAUAGUUAAAGUGCCCCCAUUCACUAUCUAUGUAGUACAUUCCACAAAUAUAACAUUUAACAUAGUUUCACAUCAGAAUUGGAGCAGUUAUAAAGUGUAAUUAUAGAUUUUAAUGGCAAUUUGACAAGAAAUCCUUCAGUUUUCUUAAGAAACUAGAGGAACCAUUCAUUGACAUUAAGAAAGGCAGCAUGUGGUAGAAAUAGCAAUGGGCUUCUAAUCAAAAAGUUUGUGUCCCAGUCCCAGCAGUUACUAUCUGUGUCACAUGAUCAGAUCAACUCACUUUUCUGAGCCUCAGUUUCCUUAUCUAAAAUUAGUUAUUAACAUUAUUGCACUAACAGAGUGGUUGUGGUGGUUUAUAAACUGUAAAUUGCUAGAAAAAUUAGACCAUUAUUUCAAAUACUUUAUUUUUCCCACCGUUGACCAAAGAAAGCCUUUACAAGUAUUACAUGUGUUACAAAAUCUCUUGUAGGAUGAAAACUUUUUAAGGGCCAUAGGAAAAUAUAUCAUACUUAGUGCAAUUUUCAAAAGGUAAAAAAUUUUACUUAAAUUCAAUCUCCCAGGAUUUGCCAUAAGAUUGUCUUGUAUAUUAGUGGAAUGGUACUAUGUAAGUAUUAGAUACUAAGAUAUGGCUUUAAUUUUACCAUUGGUAAAAAGCUGUGUUUGCUCUAGAUUAUCCUAUUUAAGCCAUGGCUCACAGGCAGGUGUCUGACUCUAAUGCCUUAAUCAAACUUUGCUUCAUUUUCCAAAUCAGAAUAGGCAUUAAGUCUUUAAUUUAGAGAAUUUUACUUGCCACAACCUGCUGAUAGAAAUAAACCCACUUGUUUGGACUAGUAUUGAGAAGACACUGGAGAAAAAGAUUUUAUGAGGCAAAAAUAAUAGGCUUGAAUAUUGACUUAAUGUCAUCAAAAUUGCAUUUAAACACUUGUUCAAAGAAAAUGCUGUAAUAAGAAUAAAACCAUAAAGUUUAA